CUGACACAGCCACCCUGCGCUCUCACCCGACUAAGGCGAGCACUUGACAGCAUCACCGACAUGCCCCGCAAGGCGGAACGCACUUAGCCGGUGUGGCUAGUCUGUUCAACGACAAUUUACAACCUUUUAUAAGAUAUUCGACGGCCGCGUCUCAUUAGCCAUAAGGUUGCGAGGCUGGUGUGUGUCCGAACAUUAUCAGCCAUGGCAUCGGCAAAUGUUACCCUGGAAAAUCAGCUGCAUAGCGCACAGAAAAACCUGCUGUUCCUCCAGCAGGACCAUGCCAAUACGUUGAAGGGGCUACACGCAGAGAUCCGUAGAUUACAACAGCAAUGCACAGACCUGACAUAUGAGCUCACUGUGAGAAGCUCUGAUCCCUCAGACAGCAGCGAGGUCCGUUGCAGGGAGCUGCAAAGGAGGUGUGAGGAGCUUGAGGCCCAGCUGAAGAAGAAGGAGGAGGAGAACACAGAGCUGCUCAGGGACCUGGAGCAGAAGAACGCCAUGAUUUCCGUCCUGGAAAACACCAUUAAGGAGAGGGAGAAGAAGUAUUUGGAGGAGCUUAAGAUGAAGAGCCACAAGCUGGCUGUUUUGUCCGGGGAGCUCGAGCAGAGAGCGAGCACCAUUGCUUACCUUACCUCACAACUUCACGCCACUAAGAAGAAGCUGUUGGCUGGCAGCUCCUCUGAGGCCAGCCCCAACGUCAGUCCAGUCACCUCAUACAAGCCCACGCCUCCUCCAACCAAGGACAGACAGCCUGAAACCCCACGUCGCCGCAUGAAGAAGAGCCUCUCCCAGCCUCUUCACCCGGAGUUGACAGAGGUGUACCGGCUCGGCCCAGAUGGAAGGCGGCUGGUUUUGCGGGAGACAGUUGAUGCCAUGCCUGACCCUACACCCUUCCUACAGGCUGGGAGAGAGUCUCCUGAACCGCAGGUAGUGCGUGAACGGCCGGCCGUCAUCCCUCCCAUUGCCUCUGAGCGCUCCCCCGUCCCUCCCCUGGGUGCUACAGCCAGCCCUCGUCACAGCCCUGCUCGAGACCGUCAGCACAAGGCUCAUGUGGGCGUGGCGCACCGCAUCCCACAUGGCACCACUCCCCUGGCCCCACCGCAAGCUGAGCUGGAGACCCUGGCUGUGGACCAGGUCAAUGAGGAGAAGGUUGUGCGGAAGCGCUCGGGAGCUGACAGGACAGUUUAACACUGCAAUGCUAACAUGCACAUAAAUGCACACACGCAUCUACUGUAUACACACUACACUGCAAGAGCAGGAAGGAGCCUGGCCCACUGUGUAGCCUGCUUUUUACGCAACACUGCAAUAUAAAAAAAAAUUACAAAAUUAUCAUUUUGUUUAUGGUAUUCCAUAAAGACUUUUGUUUUUCUUAAUACAUAGUAGAAAAGGACUACUAUAAAGCAUGCCAAAUGUUUCUUUAUUACAACCCAUUCAAAGCUUGUAUUAUACACAAGUUGAUUUGUUUGCUUAGACUUUCACUUCAUUUUGACUUUAUGUGGUGCAUACAACAAACUCUCAGCCAAAUAUCUGCAUCAGUGCCUGCUCGACUGGUUCAACCAUACACGAGCUGUGUAGUGUAGUCAUGGCUAAUAGUUAACUCUACAUAUCUCUGUCCGCUCCAUCUUCUCUGCAACAGUCUGGGCAUAUCAGAAAACUAUAUAACAAGAUGUCUGCAGCUGCAUAGGAUAGAAUGGAAAUUAUUAAACUUAAUACUACCCAAAUUUCGUUUCAUCUUCUUGUGAUAUCAGCAUUAUAACGUUACUAUAGGUAAGAUCUUCAUAAUGUGCAAUUGAAAUUUGCUGGUCGUCGAGGUGACAGAGCUGUAAUCUCACUUUGCUUUUCUUGACUGACGAAAACAGCAGCGGCGUACAUGUUUGGAUGCAGUAUGAAAUGAUGGUGAACAGGGCGUGUAUUUGUGUGUGUGUGUGUGUGUGUGAGGGAGAGAGAGAGAAUGUGUGUUUCAGAGAGCGACAAUGAAGGCCAUUGAGAGAAUUAAGAUUUGGCUUAAACAAAAUCCAUUGAUGUUAUUUGUGAUAUAAGGGCAUUUUUGAAAACACUGCUGUGAUAGGAUUUUGUGAUAUUAUUAACUGUACUUUAUAAAGGCUGUACAUUUGUAAUGAAUUCUUUUUUAAUUUAUUGUUUAAUAGAGCACCACAAAUGCACCUCAGAAAUUUACAUUAGUUACUGCAGCACCCACAUGACAGUAAUUAUAAUCACUUAA